CGGGAGGAGGGAAUGAGCUGAAAUCACCUCAGAGUGCGAGGCAGCGGCUCCGUGGAGCUCAGCGCGGAGAAACUUCGCCCAGCCGGGAAUCCUGCUCGCUUCAGGCGGCGGAGAGGAGGGUUAUUAGUGGCAGCGCCGAACGGCAGGAUGGUGAAGGCAGAGGGAGGCUGAACCGAACCGAACCGGCCGGGUUUACUGACCUCACCGCGGCUCUCGAUCCCUCCUCACAUCCCCGCUUCUAACGUUACGCUGCCAGCCAGGUAGUUUCCGAAGCUCAUUUAAACGCGGAUUUGACCGGUUCUGCUCUGACUGAGAGGCGAUACAGCGCAGCGAAAGCCCGCUUUUCGAAAGGACUGACGCUCGUACCCCGUUUUGUGCACUUUUUACCUGAAAACAAGAUGAAUUUAGACCUGUUUACUAAGUUAGCGAGCUAGUAGGAGGACUAGUUAGCCGGUUAGCCGGGCUAGCCGCGCUGAGCUGAGGAAUAUCGUUACUCCACGGAUUGUUUUCCCUUCUUUUUCGCCCUUUUCCUCUUGAUAAUUCCCUCCCAGCCCACCUUAUAUCACCAAGAGCGGCUGGGUGUACACCGACAGAGCUAACUUUGUCCCUCCAAGACAACCCCUGAGGUUUUUUGGGAUUUUUUUUCACGUUCGGACGUGUAAAAUGGAUGCGGGAAUGGAGAAGGAGUGCAGCGCUUUGGGAGGGCUAUUCCAAACCGUCAUGAACGAUAUGAAGGCGAGUUACCCGGCCUGGGAGGACUUUGUCACGAAAGGGGCCAAACUACAGUCUCAGCUAAGGACGACCAUCAUUGUCACCGGCUCGUUUCUGGAUGCCUUCCAGAAGGUGGCCGACAUCGCAACUGGAACACGAGGGGCGACGAAGGAGAUCGGAUCAGCGCUGACCAGAAUGUGUAUGAGGCACAGGAGCAUCGAGAACAAACUCAAACUCUUCACCGCGGCCCUCAUGGAUAACCUGAUCAGUCCUCUGGAGCUGAAGAUUGAAGAGUGGAAGAAAGUGGCCAGUCAGCUGGAUAAGGACCACGCCAAAGAGUACAAGAAAGCGCGAGCAGACAUCAAGAAGAAAUCCUCAGACACAAUCAAGCUGCAGAAGAAGGUGAAAAAAGGUAAGGAUGAGGUUCGGCUGCAGCUGGACAGCGCUCUGCAGGAUGUGAACACUCGCUACGCCGAAUUAGAAGAGACUGAGAAGAGGGCUGUGUGCCGAGCGCUUGUCGAGGAAAGAGGACGCUUCUGCUCCUUCGUUACGAUGCUCAAGCCUGUUCUGGAUGAGGAGAUCAGUAUGCUCGGCGAGGUGACACACCUGCAGUCCAUUCUGGAGGACCUUUGCAGCCUGACAGCCGAUCCCAACACUUUACCACCUGCUAGUGAACAAGUAAUCCUUGACCUGAAGGGCUCAGAUUACAGCUAUGUGUAUCAAACUCCUCCUGCAUCUCCGAGCAACACGCUGUCCCGUAAGAGCAGCAUCAGUAGUAACUACGCCUCCGUGCGCCACGUGCCCUCUCUGGACUCCAUCUCCAGCGCUGUGGACGGUCUCCAUUUACGAGGACAAGAAGCAGGACAGCGCUCUCCCACUCCUCUCCUCCUGGUUGGUGGAGAGGGGGGUUCUCGCUCUCUCAGCGAGGGGAACUCUCCCACAGCCCCCCGUUCAGGCCAGCGCGGCGCUCGCCUUCGCCACAGGAACGCUAGGUGCCACGGACGCUAUCCACAGCCUGGAGCGGAGCAGAGUGGUGUUAACAGCCAGUCCUGGUCGAGUCAGAAUGCUCCCGGCACAGAGAACGGAACCUCUAUGCCUCCUCCUCACCAGACCUACAGCGGACACGGAGAACGAGCCAGAGCGCAGUCCACGUCGGGAAAGCCGCAGUCAGCCCGAGAGCAGCUGGCUCUGACAUUGAGCGGUGGCCUGAACUCGGAGGCGCCCCGGACCAGCCGAGACUCGUUGCACUGCUCCAGCGGAUACAGCACUCAGACAACCACGCCGUCCUGCUCGGAAGAUACAAUUCCCUCCCAGCACGCGGUAAAGAAAGAACCUCCUCUAUAUGACUACGACUAUAUCUCUCUCCACGGAGGAGAUGAUGCUCACAGUCAGUCUGACUUUGACAAAUCCUCCACCAUUCCCCGCAACAGCGACCUGAGCCAGAACUACCGAAAACUGUUCCAGAGCAAGAGACCGGCAUCCACAGUCAGCCUGCUGGUGGACCCUGAGCCCCUCCUGCGGCAGCCCCAGACGGCCACCAUCCGCCGCAAACCGUCCAGCAAACCCCACAUCCGCCGGGGGACCAUCAGCGGCGGCGUGCCCAUCCCCAUCUGUACACCACAGGUGCCCCUGAAGCCGUCUACGUCCACCGUAGGCUUGGCUUCGGUCCACAGCGGCAGCGAGGAGGCGGUGUGUCCGCCAGCACUGGCCCAAACUCCCCGAGCACACGGCUCAGACUUGGUCCACGCCAAACAUGCUCUCUGCACAUCCACCCAGAGUCUAAGCGCCAUGCCGCCCCCUUACUACGCCAUGUUCCCUGGGCCACCCCCGGUGGGCAGCACAGAGCAGCUGUAUCAAAUGAGCAAGCAGCAACAGUACGCGCUGCAUCAGCAGCAGCAAAGGCAGUAUCAGCAACAGUUUCAACAGCAACAAUACAGCCAACAACAACAGUACAACCAGCAGCAGCAGCAGCAACAACAACAGUACAACCAACAGCAGCCACAUCAAAAACAGUACAAGCAACAACAACAGCAGUACAAUCAACAGCAGCAGCAGGAACCACAACAAUGUCAGCAGCAGCACAGUCAAGCACAACAGCCCCCACAAUAUCAGCAACAGUACAACCAAACGCUGCAACAGCAACAACACUAUCAACAACAGCAGCAAUAUCAGCAGCUGGCUCAGCACAAACAACCUCCCAAACAGCAACAACUUCAGCAAGACCAAGUUAAUCCGCAGCACAAACAUCUUCACCAGCCGCCUCAGCAGAACGCCAUAGCGCACAACUGCACCGGCGGGCCAGCGGAGGCCGCCCCGGAUCAACUGGACGGUGCCGUCGAGCCCGGCCAAACGUCUGGCGGCGGAGGAGACAUGCUGAGCAUGAUCCGCAGAGGAGUGAAGCUUCGCCGAACGCUCACCAACGACCGCUCGGCUCCUCUCAUCACCACCAACUAUCUCAACUGAGCGAGUUCCCUUCCCGUUUCACCUCGCUUGUUUUAGGUUCUUUUUAAAUUCUGUUUUGUUUCCUGAGCCGCCUUAGAGGGUCCGGCUGUACGUUUUUAGGGUGACUCGUAAGACGUAAUUCAGCAACACUGUGCUAAAACAACGUAAUUACAGCUUGGUGGCAGCGUCUCCAGCAGCAGCGUGUCCAUAUGAAUGUCAGCUCUUGGUAAAUUAAAGAUGUUAAUUCUGCAGUGCUUAUGUGUAUAUAUCUAUAUAUGUGUAGAAAUAUAGACAAAGCGAGGAUUGGAGCUUAAGGUAUAUUAAAGUUAUUUGUUUAUAUCGUCAUUCAACGAGCAAGGCUUUUCUUUCCUCAGUCUUAUUGUACUCUUACAGUCAGAUACUAAAUGACAGAGUAUGUAUAUAUUAGCAAAACAUUGGAAAGACUUUACUGUACUGUUUUUAUUUUGGUUUGUUUUUUGUUUUACUAGAUUAAGUGGCUCUUGAGCAUCUAUUUUUGUAUAGUUUAAACUGCAGGGUAACAGAAUAUGGAUCCACUGCCUUUAUCUGCCCAAAGACUGGACUUCAGUGACAUGAACAGAACGUGGGGGAGGCUGAGAGGGAGGAGUGCAGAUGGAUGGAUGGAUGAAUGAAGGACUGGAAAAGUGGACUGUUGUUUCUUUGCUUGUAACUAAGAGUACGAAGCAUCACUGUGGCUAUUUAUUCACCCUGUUCGAUUCUGAAUCAUAUUAGUCAUUAGGCUCCUGAUCAGUUCUGAAUCAUACAGAUCAUUUCACCUGUUCAAUUCAGAAUCCUGUGACUCAUUCGACUGUUGUUCAGUUCUGAAUCAGUCAUUUUCCCUGUUUGGUUAUGAGUCAUACGAAUCAUUUGAUUCCUGUUUGAUUCUGAAUUGUAUGAAUCAUUCGACUCCUCUUCGAUUUCCAGUCUCGUGAAUCAUUCGACUCCUGUUCACCAAAGUUUUGAAGCUUAAUGCCCUUCAGGAAACGUAACCCCCCCACAACCCGCUCACCCUGAGGACCUCACAGAGGGGCCGGCAAUGUGGCAGCAGACUGUUCAUGGAAAUUUUAAUUGCUACGCUCUUUAAUUAGGUUCAUUUUUGUCCUGUUUUCAAAGACUUCUGAUGGAUCUUUUGGUGUUUUUUUUCUGGAACCGCUUUAUUUAAAUCAUUCUUGAAGAUAUUUCAGUCUGUAGUUGUUUUUCCAAAAUAAUUGAGUUAUUUUUACUUGUUUUUAAACGAGGCAUUCAGGUUAAUGCUUUGAAAUCUUGUGAUUAUGUAAGGCACAAUGCCAAGGAUGUUAUUGCAGAGAGUUAGUGACACUAGUCUUACAUAAACAUUUACACUGGCCUCUUA